GGCACGAAGCUCCAUCAGCAGACUCGCAAAGCCAUUGCAAAGUGCCAACCAGCUUUGAUGACUGCAAUCUGCAAGUAUAAUGGCUACUGUGAGCGUCUCGAGAGCCUCUAUGACCCAUCUUGGGGUGUCCCGCUCCCCGCUCCUCUUCCUACCAAACUCGCUGACCUUCGAAAUGAUCCGACGUUGAUGGAGGAUGUUUGGAUCACCCCAUCCGUAGGAGAUGUCCCCCGUUGGAUGGAAGACGCCGACGUACGAGAUGGGAUACGAGCUUUGCUGAAACGACAGCGAUGUCAAGAGGAACAGCGCCGUCUUGGGUUCGAAGCCGACAAUCUCUGUCGAUGGUUUAGAGACGAGUUGGCUGCACUAGAGGUUGCCCUACGUUCUCCUGCAAGUAAGUCAUUUUAG